AUGACCGGCCACGACCACCACGAGCAUGGCGCUCAACCUGCGCAUUUGAAGCACAGUCACGCCCACGAAGAGGCUAUUCCAGGAACUGUGAAUUUAAACGCUGCAGAGGGCGACGACACGGGUUAUGGACAGGCUUUGUUCCCUGUGCCUGCCGACGAUCCAAACGAUCCGCUACAAUGGGGCAACUUCAAGAAGACCAUGAUCCUGUGCAUUUGCGCAGCAUAUUCCUUCUUGGGCAAUUCGUCGUUGUUGGGCCCGUCAGUCUACAUCGGCAUCUAUGCUGAGUCAUUUGGCAUCUCUGCUACGAAAGCCUCGGGCUUGAUCUCAUAUCCUAACCUGGCUUAUGGAUUUGGAUCUUUGCUGUUGGUUCCUGCUUACCUGAAAUUUGGACGUCGACCUGUCAUGCUAUUCUCGAUUAUUGCCUUUGCUGCUGGCUUGAUCGGCUCGUCUCAGUGCAACACAUACUCGACAUUGAUGGCGUGUCGAAUCAUCCACGCUUUGGGAUCCGGCGUCUGCGAGGCACUCCCUGUCCAAUUGGUCAACGACAUUUUCUUCCUGCACGAACGGGGUCAACGACUUGGAUAUUACACCGUCUGUCUCUGUCUUGGAGCCACCGGACCUCUCUACGCCGGAUACAUGCUUGCCGGAGGGUACUCAUGGAGGCUCUUUUUCUACGUCGAGUUCGCAUUCGCAUGUGUCUUGUUCAUUUUGGCAUUCUUCUUCGUUGAAGAGACAUACUACAGGAGAGACGAGAUGAAGGCUAGAUUGGGCGCCGCGGUGGAAGCCGGACCGACCGAAAAAAUCGUCGACGCUGAUAUGCAGGAGGUAGCACCAGCCAUUCCCCCCCGAAAGACAUUUGUCGAGACACUCAAACCUUGGGGCGUGUAUGACCGCGAAACACCACUCUUGAUGACGAUGCUGAGAUCUUUCUCCUACUUCUUCGUCCCGUCUGUCUUCUGGGUUAUUUCAACCUACGGUAUCUACAUUGGUUUGGGGGCGUUGGCUUUCAACUACACUUUCCCUAUCAAAAUUGUUGAACCGCCGUACAACUGGAGCCAGACCAAUUCUGGCUUGAUUGCCGUGGGCAACGCCGUUGGCUAUAUUCUCGCCAUCCCUUUCACGACGUCGUCCGACCUUCUGGCAGCCCGCUUGACAAAGAAGAAUGGCGGCAUUCGUGAGGCAGAGAUGCGACUCGGUGUUCUCCUGCCAGCCAUGAUCAUUGGACCCGCAGGCUUGAUUGUAUAUGGCUUUACUGCCGGACAGAACCUGCACUGGUUCGGGUACUUUGCUGGAGUCGCCAUGGUCAACUUCAGCGCCUAUUUCUACUUCACUUUCUCCCUGGCCUACGCUGUGGACAGUUACACUGUCAAUCUGUCAGAAAUGCUAAUCGCGAUGAAUCUGGGCAAGCAGGCAAUCUCAUUCGGUAUCGGCUUCGACCUGCUUACCUGGAUCCUGACGGACGGAUAUAUUACUGUCAUCGCAGGCAUCUUCUGUGGCGUGCUUGCCGCCAAUGAUUUGGCCUUGUUGGUCUUCAUGUUCUUCGGUAAGAAGAUCAGAAUCGCCACGAGCAAAACUUGGUUGGCCAGGAUGCACAAGAGAACGCAGGUUGUUGGGCAGUCGCAUUAG